AUGCCAGAGAGACGAUUCUCACGUCUCCUCAAGUCGAAACUGCUGCGGCGAUCGUCAAUACCCGCGGUACCAAAUCCGGGCAACGGGGCGGACCCGCGUGUCCACCCAAAUUCAACCUCUGGUAUCUCUGGAACUCCUCAUCUCUUUGACUCCGCGAGCGAAAAAUCCCCAUACAGCGUCGUAUCGUCCGCGGCCCAAUCCUCCGACGACACCGCCUCGGGCUCAGACGCGCACGAGCAUCACGGUCACAAGUCACGCCGCCGGACCAAGCCUAGUCAUUCAUCCCCGCUACUGUCGGAACAGCAGCUCCAUCGCUAUCCCUCAUCGGAUCUUCCAGCUAGCAUUCCUCCGCCGACCGAGCCAAAAUCCUCACUACCGCCUACCCCUCUCUCCGAAGAGCUCUCCUCCCCCUCGAUAGCCCGAUUGCCACUCCACAGCAUUCUGACGACGCCUCCCUUCCCACUGCCCGAGUAUCAAUUGGACCCGACUCUCGACACCGUCGUCGAGACUCCCCCAGAAGACCACCGGCCAUCUUCUUCUUUCUUCCCUGCCCCUGCCAGCAAGCGACCCAGUCUUGCCGUCCGCAGGCAGUCUCUUCUCCCGGCGUCACACCAGCACUUGAUAAGUGGACUGCUGGAGCAGAGCCUCUUCUUUCCUUCACAAGGUGACCCGGGCAGCAGUCGCACACCCAUAGCUGCUGCCAAUAUGGUCCAUCGUCGAAUUUGGGUGAAGCGGCCGGGUGGCUCGGCCACGCUGGUGCCUUGUUUGGAAGAUGCAGUGGUGGAUGAACUGCGUGACCAAGUCAUCACAAAAUACGGCAACUCGUUAGGCAGGACAUUUGAUUCCCCGGACAUUGUGAUAAGGAUCGUGGCACGCGAAAAUGCGAAUCGACUCACAACACCAGAACGACUUCUGAGCCCAGAGGAGGUCUUGUCGAAUGUCCUCGACACGUAUUACCCCGGAGGUCAAACAAUCCAAGAGGCGUUGCUUAUCGAAGCACCCACGCGCCGGACCCCAAAGCCAUCUCCACGACAUACUGGCUAUCAUCAUCACCAGCCUUCUGAGCCUGGCGAGCAUGGCGAAUAUUUUCCCCUCAUGCCCGCCAAUGCAAAGGUCCCGACCCCGCCUACGCAUUCGUCGAGUUCAGGAGGAAAUAAUGCGCCUUCAAUAUCAAUACUCACAUCUGGCGCGCCCCCGCCACUUGGAUCCCCGGGCUCUCGGGCUCGUCAACACCGCCGACCGGUGCUUCAACGCCAUACGACCAAUUCACCGACUAUGCUUGGUCAAGCGCCCACAGUGACUGAACGUACCCACACCCCCGGCCACGGUUGUCGAAUCCCCGCAAGUCAAAUCACAUACCCCCCAGCGCCUGUUGCAUCUCCGCGAUCCCUACGAAAAUCCACAGGUGCUGCAUCCCCGGGGGCAGUGUUUGGUGGAUUAAUCGAUGGCACCGUUCCGCCCAUCAACGUGCUCAUUGUUGAGGACAAUAUCAUCAAUCAAAAGCUGUUAGAAGCUUUUAUGAAACGCCUUAGUGUGCGAUGGAAGUGCGCAGCCAACGGCGAGGAGGCUGUACGGAAAUGGCGCCAGGGAGGAUUCCACUUGGUCCUUAUGGACAUUCAGCUGCCUGUCAUGAACGGCCUGGAUGCCACCAAGGAGAUCCGUCGACUGGAACGACUGAAUGGAAUUGGUGUUUUCUCUAAAACGGCGUCUGGUCGUUCUAGCGCAUCAAGCGCCAACGCUUCCGAAAAACGACCUGGACUCUAUCGCUCCGUUAGCGAAGAAGAUACCUUGACUGAUCUGUCGCUGUUCCGGAGUCCUGUUAUUAUCGUCGCAUUGACAGCUAGCAGUUUGCAAAGUGAUCGACAUGAGGCAUUGGCUGCUGGCUGCAAUGACUUCUUGACUAAGCCUGUCGGUUUCCCGUGGCUCUCACAAAAAGUGACCGAGUGGGGCUGCAUGCAGGCCCUGAUCGACUUUGAAGGUUGGCGCAAGUGGCGCGGCUUCCUGGACUCUUCCCGGUCCAUGUCUCCCAGCUUUGAUAGUGCAGCCAGUCCCAUGCAAACUGGCACCUCCCCUAACCAAACAGAAGCGCCAUCGCCAUCCAUAACCCGCACCAAGUCCAAAGUCAAGGGCAUAAAGCGGCCUUCUCUGCCUGAAGCCGCCGAAGUUUUAAGGGAGGAUUCAUGGGGGAGUGGCAGUGGUGAUACCGGCGACUCGAGCGCCGAAGCAACACCGGCAGAAUCGGACAAGCCUUCUGAAACCUCUGCUCCGCCACCAAAGCAAUGA